UAUUUUUCUGUUUAAUUAUUUUACUUAGUUUCUUUUCUGUAUUUCCUUUUCCCAAUUUCUGAUCAUAAUUUUUCAUUUCCUCUCUCUUGACUCCUCUUCCAUCUCUUCUUCUCUGCUUCUUCUUCUUCUUCUUCUUCGGCUGCGUUCUUACGUUCAUCUACAGGUAUCCUCUGGCACUUUUCUUAACGCUGUUUGAUGGACAAUGUGAAAUUAGCUGAUCAUAUAUCUUCUUCACAAUCCUCGUUAAUCUCCCAAGAUGGUAGUCUUGUUCAUGAAGAGGAUCCAAACCACCUAGUUAACAAUGGAAUUACGAACCAGAGCCAAGUUCUCUCAAAUGCUGUUGGUAAUGAAAAAUUGGAAGGUGAUGUUGAAUGCUCUUCAAGCCCAGUUGAUGCAACACUGCGAUCUAAAAGUCAACAGCCAAUAGCUGAAAAUUCUUUAUCAUCAACCAUAGAAGAUGCUCCUAGUGAUGCGAAUAUGAAUAAAGAUGAACUUAUUACAUUAAGUAAUUCAGGUAUGAGUACUACAGUUCCAGAUGAUAGAUUUGAGGAACACAAUUCAAAUACCUUGAUGGAAGACCCCAGAACUCAAUCAGUAGAAGAUAUGCCUGAGAAACUUCCUCAGGAACAACAUUCAGUCCAUAGUGACUCUGCUACAGUUAAUGAUGUCAAUGAGGUCAUUAUGCCAGAGAAACUUCCUCAGGAACAAUCUUCAAUCCAUAGUGACUCUGCUACUGUCAAUGAUGCCAAUGAGGUCAUUAUGCCUGAGAAACCUCCUCAGGAACAAUCUUCCGUCCAUGGUGACUCUGCUACUGUCAAUGAUGCCAAUGAGGUCAUUAUGCCUGAGAAACCUCCUCAGGAACAAUCUUCCGUCCAUGGUGACUCUGCUACUGCCAAUGAUGCCAAUGAGGUCAUUGUGCCUACUGUCAAUGAUGCCAAUGAGGUCAUUAUGCCUGAGAAACCUCCUCAGGAACAAUCUUCCGUCCAUGGUGACUCUGCUACUGUCAAUGAUGCCAAUGAGGUCAUUAUGCCUGAGGAACUUCCUCCGGAACAAUCUUCAGUCUGUAGUGACUCUGCUACUGUUAAUGAUGUCAUUAUGCCUUCUGAGACAGUGGUUAUAAAAAAUGAGGAUGUCGAACCUGCAGAUGGGCUUGCAGAGGGCGUGAGAGUUUCAGGUGGAAAACCUGAAUCUGUUGAUUCUUCAAAAGAUGUUAAGCAAAGUGAUAUUAACAGAGGCCUUAUUGAUACAACUGCACCAUUUGAAUCUGUUAAAGAAGCCGUUUCUAAGUUUGGUGGGAUUGUUGAUUGGAAAGCUCAUCGAAUCCAAACAGUUGAGAGACGCAAAGUUGUGGAGCAAGAACUUGAGAAAUUAAACGAGGAGAUUCCGGAGUACAGGAGACAGUCAGAGGCUGCUGAAGAGGGAAAAAAACAAGUUCUAAAGGAGCUAGAUAGUACUAAGCGAUUGAUAGAAGAAUUAAAGCUUAAUCUAGAGAGGGCACAAACAGAAGAGCAUCAAGCAAGGCAAGACUCCGAGCUUGCGAAACUCAGGGUUGAAGAGAUGGAGCAAGGAAUUGCUGAGGAGUCUAGUGUAGCUGCCAAGGCGCAGCUUGAGGUUGCUAAAGCCAGGCACGUAGAUGCAGUUUCAGAGCUUAAAGCUGUCAGAGAGGAAUUGGAAACACUUUAUAGGGAGUUUGCUUCUUUGGUCGCAGAUAAGAAUGCAGCUUUGGCUAAAGCUGAAGAUGCUGUGGCUGCCUCCAAGGAAGUUGAGAAGGCAGUGGAAGAUCUAACUAUUGAGCUUAUGGCCACUAAGGAGUCGUUAGAGUCUGCACAUGCUACUCAUUUGGAGGCAGAGGAGCAAAGAAUAGGUGCAGCCAUGGCCAGAGAGCAAGAUUCUCUUAACUGGGAGAAAGAAUUGAAGCAGGCUGAAGCAGAACUUCAGAGUCUCAAUCAGAAAAUUAUAUCAGCGAAGAAUCUGAAAUCAAAACUGGAUACUGCCUCGAAUUUGCUAAUAGAUUUAAAAGCUGAAUUAGCAGCUUAUAUGGAAUCAAAACUGGAAGAGGAGCCUGAUAAUGAUGGUAACACAAAAAGCGAGGCAGAGGAUCCCGAAAAGAAAACACGUACAGAUAUACAAGCAGCAGUUGCUUCAGCAAAGCAGGAACUUAAGGAAGUGAAACUCAACAUUGAGAAAUCAACUUCUGAAAUAAACUGCUUAAAGGUGGCCGCAACAUCAUUGAAAACAGAGCUUGAAAAGGAGAAAUCUGAUCUAGUCAACUUGAGGCAAAGAGAAGGAAUGGCAUCUAUAGCAGUUGCAUCUCUUGAAGCUGAAGUGGAAAGAACCAGGUCAGAAAUAGCUUUAGUUCAAAUGAGGGAGAAAGAGGCCAGGGAAACGAUGGUGGAGUUGCCUAAACAAUUACAGCAAGCAGCACAAGAAGCCGAUCAGGCCAAAUCACUGGCUCAGGAGGCUCAGGAGGAGCUGUGCAAAACAAAAGAGGAGGCAGAGCAAGCAAAGGCUGGAGCGAGUACCAUGAAGAGUAGAUUGCUUGCUGCUCAGAAAGAGAUUGAGGCUGCAAAGGCUUCAGAAAGAUUGGCGUUGGCCGCAAUCAAGGCAUUAGAAGAGAGCGAAUCGGCCAGAGAUACCAACAACGCGAACUCACCCGCAGGAGUUACACUGUCACUAGAGGAGUACUAUGAGCUUAGCAAGUGUGCUCACGAGGCAGAGGAACAAGCCAACCUUAGAGUGGCAGACGCACUGUCACAGAUUGAGCUAGCCAAGGAAUCCGAGUCAAGAAGCUUGGAUAAACUGGAAGCAGUAAUCCAGGAAAUGGCUACCAGAAAGGAAGCACUAAAAAUUGCCAUGGAGAAGGCUGAGAAGGCCAAGGAAGGGAAGUUGGGCGUUGAGCAGGAGUUGCGAAAAUGGAGAGCCGAGCACGAACAACGAAGGAAGGCUGGUGACUCUGGCACUGGAUUAAUGAACCCCAUUCGCAGUCCAAGGGCCAGUUUUGAGGGGAAGAACGAUCCAUCGAAUUUAGUCGGCUCAUCUGACGCCAUGGUUACUGAUGCCUCGAGCCCCAAGGCAGAUAUGCAAAGAAGCCUUACUUCAAUGGAUUCGUUCUCAGAAUCCAAAACAGGGAAGAAAAAGAAGAAAUCAUUUUUCCCUCGAAUUCUCAUGUUUCUGGCCAGAAAGAAGGCACAGCCAAACAAGCCAUCCUAAAUCGUUUCAGGGUACAGUUAUUCUAUUUACACUGUUGAUAUUUUGACCUCUCCCUUGAAAUUGGUUUUCCUCAUGGAGAUUAUAAUCGCCGAGUUUGAAGAAUUACGAGAUUGUACAUGAUGGUGGUUAAUUUUUUUCUUUUAUUGUAUGAUAAAAUGGGUAUUCGUGCGUCUAUUUAAAAAAA